AUGGCUCCAUCAAGCAAAUCUACUCCUGCGAAGGAUCGACGCAAGUCUUCCACGAGUGCCGCCUCCACCACCUCCAAAGUCAUCACCCUUAAGGUUGCUCCCGACAGGCUGCGAGCCCUCAUCGAUCCGACAUCCGACGCUGCCAAGGAGGACACCCCCAUGAAAGAUUCCAACGACUCACCCUCAACCUCGACGCCUCUGCCCAACGGCGCUGCUGCCAUCCCUGACAACGCCUCCGACUCCAACCCUGCGACGCCUGCCAACGGUGGCACGCCCGCCCCAUCCGUCAUGGGACCCCCAGCCGAUGGCCAGGGCCCAAAGAAGAAGGGUGUGAAGAGGUCUGCGGCUGCUGCAAAUGGCGAUGCUCCACCCAAGGUCCGGGGCAAGCCAGGUCCCAAGAGGCGGAAAGUCAACGACGACGGCACCGUCGAGCCACGAGCCGCCGCCCACCGACUCGGCCCCAAGGCUAACCAGGGUGCCAUCAACGCCGGCCUGCGCGCCCUCGACCGCACCGGGAAGCCCUGCCGGAAGUGGACCAAAGGUACCUUCCAGCUCAAGACCUUCACCGGCGUGCAAUGGCAGAUCAACCGGUGGACUGCCCCGCCCAAGCCCAGGCCCUCCGAGUCCACCCCCGAGAACGGUGUGCCGACCUCGACUCCCGCCUCCGCCGACGGCAGCAGCAGCAAGGAGAACAAGGAGAACGGAGUGGGCCAGCCGGGCAAGAGCGAUAACAACAGCACCUCGGGUGCCGAUGUCGAGAUGCAGAGCCUGCCCAGCGUCCAGGCCAGCUCGCCCGCGCCCAUGGCCAUCGCGGCAGGCGCCUAG